UCAUCAGUACAUAAUGAAGUACUUUAUUCUCCUCGCCUUGCUCGCUGCAGCCUUUUAUGUUUCAGAUGCUGCUCCCAUUGAGGAUGACAAGAUUGUUGGCGGCUACGAGUGCAGAAAGAACUCUGUGCAGUACCAGGUCUCUCUGAACUCUGGCUACCACUUCUGUGGAGCCUCCCUGAUCUCCAGCACCUGGGUGCUGUCUGCUGCUCACUGCUACAAGUCCCGCGUGCAGGUGCGUCUGGGUGAGCACAACAUUGCCUUCAAUGAGGGCACUGAGCAGUUCAUCAACUCUGCCAAGGUCAUCCGUCACCCCAGCUACAACAGCCGCAACCUGGACAAUGACAUCAUGCUGAUCAAGCUGAGCACCCCCGCCUCCCUGAACAGCUACGUCCGCACCGUGUCCCUGCCUUCCAGCUGUGCCAGCUCUGGCACCCGCUGCCUGAUCUCUGGAUGGGGCAACACCAGCGGCUCUGGAAGCAACUACCCUGAUCGUCUGAGGUGCCUGGAUGCCCCCAUCCUGAGCGACAGCAGCUGCAGGUCCGCCUACCCUGGACAGAUCACCUCCAACAUGUUCUGUGCCGGAUUCCUUGAGGGAGGCAAGGACUCCUGCCAGGGAGACUCUGGAGGCCCCGUGGUGUGCAACGGUGAGCUGCAGGGAGUGGUGUCCUGGGGUUAUGGCUGCGCCGAGAGGAACAAGCCCGGUGUGUACGCCAAGGUCUGCAACUACAACUCCUGGAUUCGCAACACCAUGUCCUCCAACUAAAGUCACUUCACUGCAAGGAAACUUUAUUUCAGGAACUUUGACAUCUGUUUUGAGAAAAAUGAAUGACUGAAUAAUAAACAAAUAUGAAGCUCA